AUGGUCCAACAAUUGGAUGGUCGCAUCCUUGGAGACAAAUCCCGUCGUGGGUGGUUUCCUUCGAGCUACGCGAGGCCCCUGCCGGUGCCGCCUUCUUCGACGCGGACAGACCACCCUCAUAAUCCAGGAUAUCCAAAACCAACCCUUCCGACUACGGGUGCAACUUCCGGUGGGGCAUCAGAGGCGAAGAAAGACGCGCUCGGAGGCGAUGCUUUUGGAGAUGACUUUGGGCCUGUGAUGGGGGGCAGUGCGUACAAACAGAAUGGGCUCGCGGUGUUUUCGAAGAAAGAAUUCGACUCUUUCGCCGCUAAUCGCUACGAAUGCCAUUUCGAUGGACCCUCAUCACAGGCUGCUCCCCAGCAGACGACUGCCUUGGUGAAGAAGCCUGGGCUUGCAGCGCUAUCAUAA